ACAAAAAAGGCCGGGUCGUGCAAGGCUCGCCCAAACCCAGGCGGGAAUAGGUGGAUUUCUGGGUGACCACAAGCUGCAACCGUGAGGGGCACAGCGGGCCAGAUUGAGUCAGGCGAACAAGGCUUCCCCGCUAUGCUAGACAGUCAUGACUCCAACGAUGUGAUAUCUGACCUUGAAUAUAUGGCACGAUCUGCGCCACUCCUCGCCUUCAACCUAGAUUAAUCUAUCCUUACGAGACGUGAACAUGGAGAGCCUAUAGCAACAAACACCUCUGUCCUCCUGUAACCUCUUCCCCGAAAAUGAUAACUCGGAUACCUUAAUGAGCGCGGGGGCGAACUUCCUUUCUACAAUCAACAUCGACAACAUUCUUCAGAUCGUCAAUUGCUCUCGAUAGAACGGGCUCUUAAUGGGCACUCGCAUCAAACAAACGCUGCAAGAGCGGCGCAAGGGGGAGUUGGCUCUCUCGGACUUCGCAGACUACGUCGAAAAACAGCAGGCGAAGACUCGGUCGAAGCAACAUGAUGCCGUCGGUAGCGACAGUGGCUACUCGACAGGUGAUCGUUCCUCAAUCGCCGAAGAUCACGCAGAGCUCGAAAUCCUCGAUCAAUUAGAUCUCUCCGAUAGCCCAAGUCAGGUGAAGUUGAAAGAAUGGCUACUAGACACAUCAGAGGGUGCGCCGGAGACGCUGCAUCAACUGUCCGGACUAGUCCAGGCAAGGAUCGACGAAGGCCAUGGUGAAACACUAUUUGACCUGGGCCUUGAGGAUAGUGGCGAGUCAAUGGGUUUCUCGAAAGAGUCAUGGGACCUCGCAUUAACAAGGAUUACCGAAGCGGCAAGCUUACUGAAGGCCGAUGUCAGAGUACUCUUGACUUUCAAUGUUGGAGGAGCAGAGGAAGCACAAUCGAAGAAGGCCAAGGACACGUCAAGCCAUGGCAAGCUCCUCAUACGGCAGACCCCAGCCACGGCUGAGGAAGUCAUUGAGACUCGGAUUGCUGUGGUGGGAAACGUUGAUGCUGGGAAGUCUACCAUGUUGGGAGUCCUGGUGAAGGGGAACCUUGAUGAUGGUCGUGGCAAGGCUCGAGUCAACCUGUUCCGACAUAAGCACGAGAUCGAAUCUGGUCGAACCUCAUCUGUCGGAAUGGAAAUCAUGGGCUUUGAUACUCGUGGAGAAGUCGUCACAUCCAGUGUACCAGGUCGCAAGUUGACCUGGGGAGAGAUUGGCACACGGUCAGCGAAGGUCAUCUCGUUCACAGAUCUUGCGGGGCACGAGAGAUAUCUCCGUACUACCGUCUUUGGACUACUGUCUUCUGCGCCAAAUUAUUGUCUACUGAUGGUCGCGGCCAACAACGGCCUGAUAGGCAUGUCCAAGGAGCAUCUCGGUAUUGCUCUUGCAUUGAACGUGCCUGUCAUGGUUGUCAUCACCAAGAUCGACAUUUGUCCUCCACAGAUUCUCGAGCAAACGAUAUCUCAACUUACGAAGAUUCUCAAGUCUCCUGGUGCGCGGAAGAUUCCGAUAUUUAUCAAGACACAUGAAGAGACUGUCAUGACAGCGACCCAAUUCGUCUCUCAACGGAUAUGCCCGAUCUUCCAAGUGUCAAACGUGACCGGCGAGUCCCUGGAUCUGGUUCGGACUUUCCUGAAUAUCUUACCACACCAUGGCCACUACGACAGUGAAGCGCCUUUCGAGUUCCACAUUAGUGACACCUUCUCGGUACCGUUUGUCGGGACAGUUGUGUCUGGGGUGGUCAAGUCUGGAGUUAUUCAUGCCGGAGAUACGGUGCUCGUCGGUCCAGAUUCGUUAGGCCAGUUUCAGACGACCAGCAUACGAACCAUUGAGCGCAAGCGGAUACAGGUUCCUGUGUGCAGCGCGGGUCAGUCUGCUUCAUUUGCACUGAAGCGUGUUCGACGGAAGGAGGUGCGCAAGGGUAUGGUGGUGUUGCCCAAACUGGACACCGCACCAAAGGUGUACAGAGAGUUUGUGGCUGAAGUGCUCAUACUGUCCCACGCGACCACUAUCCGUCCAAGAUAUCAGGCGAUGCUCCAUGUUGGCCCUGUUAGCCAGACCUGUGCUAUCAUCGACAUCGACCGAGAGUACAUUCGAACAGGAGAUCGUGCUACCGUGGCAUUCCGCUUUGUCCAACGACCAGAAUUCCUUUCGGUGGGUGAGAGGAUACUAUUUCGCGAAGGCAGAACGAAGGGAUUAGGAAUCGUCAAGUCCUUGGGCUAUGAGGAGGGUUCCUUGGGCAACUACGCUGCAACACAGACCGCUGAAGACGGCGACGAGGCCAAAGACAAGCAGAAGGCUGAAGAGAAGGCGCCGACAGUCAAGACUCAGACCGCAAAUGCAGCGAACGGGAAAGCCAAAUAGGUAGACUGUCGGCAACAUCUAGCUGGAGCUUAGGGAGUUGUAGGAAGCUGCCAUUGCUGACUAUUUUGCAAGACACGGCGCACACAUCUUAGCUG